AUGUCGGAACCAGGAGCGUCGCGGUUCACGCCGCAAAACAAGACGACACAGGAGCGCCUCUCCACGCACACGGUCGGCCUCGUCGCGCUCUCCGACUUUCGCAAGCGCCGCGCCGAGGUCCUCGAGCAGCAGGGGCGCGAGGCCCGCGAUGCCAACGCCACUGGGGCCUCGACGCCCGUCGACCGCUCGCAGACGGGCACCCCCGACAACAACAACAACAACAACAACGACAACCUGGGUGGCAGCGGUGCGGCCAGCGACUCGGGGAGUCCGGUGCCGGUAGCGGGUGCGCGCCCGUUGAAGAAGGCGAAGAAGAAAGCCAGGCCCGGCAAGAAGCUCCUCUCGUUUGGGGACGACGACGACGACGAAGACGACGACAGCGAAGUGAUGAUGGCAGCGGGAACCGAGCGCUCCAAGGGCAUUCAGACAAAUGACAACGGCAAUGGCAAGGUCAAGACCAGCAAGUUCAAGGCCAACGCGUCCGUCGGGCUAAUACCCAAGUCGCUCACCAAGUCGGCGCUGCGCAAGGAGGCGGCGGAGCGGGAGGCGCUGCGGCGCGAGUUUCUGACGUUGCAGGAGGCGGUCAAGGGGACCGAGUUUGCGAUUCCGUUUGUCUUUUACGACGGCGCCAACACGCCAGGCGGCAUCGUGCGCAUGAAAAAGGGCGACUUUGUCUGGGUGUUUCUCGACAAGAGCCGCAAGGUCGGCGCCGAGCUGGGCGUGGGCGAGCAGGCUAAUUCGACGCGGGCGUGGGCGCGCGUCGGCGUCGACGAUUUGAUGAUUGUUCGCGGCACAGUCAUUGUCCCUCAUCAUUAUGACUUUUACUACUUCAUCAUCAACAAGAGCGUCGGACCGGGCGGCAAGCGGCUGUUUGACUACAGCGCUGACGCUCCGGAACGACCGGACCCGGCGGCUGAGCCGCUCCGGGUUGGACUCUCCACGGCAGCCGAGGUCAAGGUGGUCAAGGGCGCGCCGGACAUCGCCACGCUCGAGGGCGCGGACGAGGAUCCGCUGGAGACCAAGGUGGUCGAUCGUCGGUGGUAUGAGCGCAACAAGCACAUCUAUCCCGCCAGCACUUGGCAAGACUUUGACGCCGAUAUGGACUAUGCGAGCCAGGUCCGAAAAGACGGUGGUGGCAAUACAUUCUUUUAUUCCAAGUGA